AUGGCUGAAGAAAGCGUCAAAGAAGCAACUUUUGCUUCGUUGGGUGUAUUAGAAGAAUUAUGUAAAGCAUGUGAACAAUUAAAUUAUAAAACUCCAACGGCAAUUCAAACAGAAGCAAUUCCUUGGGCCUUACAAGGUAGAGAUAUAAUAGGAUUGGCACAAACUGGGUCUGGGAAAACGGCUGCCUUUGCUUUACCUAUUUUACAAGCAUUAUGGGAGGCACCACAAGGGCUUUUUGCUUGUGUAUUAGCACCUACAAGAGAAUUGGCGUAUCAAAUAUCAGAAACAUUUGAAUCUUUAGGAUCUGUAAUUGGUGUUCGUUGUGUUGUUAUAAUAGGUGGUAUGGAUAUGAUGACACAGGCUAUUGCUCUAUCUAAAAAACCUCAUAUUAUAAUAGCUACCCCAGGAAGAUUACAAGAUCAUUUAGAAAAUACCAAAGGUUUUAGUUUAAGGAAUUUAAAGUACUUGGUAAUGGAUGAGGCAGAUAAAUUAUUAGAUAUGGAUUUUGGACCAAUUAUUGAUAAACUUUUAAAAGUGAUACCUAAGGAACGUAACACCUACCUAUUCUCUGCUACAAUGACAACAAAGGUGGCCAAAUUACAACGUGCUUCUUUGAAUAAUCCUGUCAAGAUUGAAGUUUCUUCCAAAUAUUCUACAGUGUCAACACUUCUUCAAUAUUAUCUUUUUUUCCCUUUUAAAUUUAAAGAUUGUUAUCUCGUCUAUUUGUGUAAUGAACUUGCAGGAAAUUCAAUUAUUAUAUUUAAUAGAACUUGCAAUGAUACUCAACGCCUUGCUUUAUUAUUAAGAAAUCUUGGAUUUCCUGCAAUACCGCUACACGGACAAUUAUCACAAGCCAAUCGACUAGGUUCAUUAAAUAAAUUUAAAGCUGGAAAUAGAAAUAUUCUGGUAGCUACCGAUGUUGCGAGCAGAGGGCUGGAUAUUCCACUCGUAGAUGUAGUAAUAAAUUUUGAUAUUCCAGCGAAUAGUAAAGAUUACAUUCAUCGAGUAGGACGUACGGCUCGUGCAGGAAGAUCGGGUAAAUCAAUUACAUUUGUAACACAAUACGAUGUUGAAUUAUUUCAACGUAUUGAAAAUGUUAUUGGGAAGAAAAUGGAACUUUUCCCAAUUGGGAAUAAAGAUGAUAUUCUAUUGCUUGAAGAACGUGUGUCUGAAGCACAAAGAAUCGCUACAUUGGGGUUGAAAGAACAACAACAAAAACAAAGGAAAGGAAGUAGACGUAUUAGAAUCAUUAUCAUUUUAUUAAUGCUUGGGCUUGAGCUUAAUUUUGAAUUACAAAAUAGUAAACAACUUAGUGCUAGACUAGCUAAAGUAACUUCUUCAAAUGAACUUGACUCAAAGUAUGCUGAACAAUAA